AUGUCUGAUCAUUAUACCUUUUAAUAAGAUAAAUAUCACAAAAACAAUAUUGAACUUCCUUUUUUUUCCUUUUAGUAUACUGAUGAAUGGUAAAUUUAACCAGAAAGAUUAAUACAUACAUCUAAACCCGAUUUCGAUGUUUGCAAUAAUUAAAUACAUACAGCAAAAUAUUCAAUUUUAACAUUUCUUCCAUUAAAUUUACUUGAAUAAUUUUCAAAUCUUCCCAACUUAUAUUUUUUAGUAGUUGGAUUAUUACAAAUGAUCAAUGAAAUAACAAAUUCUGAAAGAAAACCUGUAAUAUAUGUUCCAUUAUUAGUAAUUCUUAUUAUAACAGCAAUAAAGGACAUUUAUGAAGAUAUAAAAAGACAUAAAUAAGACAAAAAAGAAAAUCAAAUACCCACCUUAAUUUAUAAAAACAAUAAAUUUGUACAAGACCAAAGCAAAAACAUUAGAAUAGGCCAUAUAAUAAAAGUAAGAAAUAACGAAUAAAUACCAUCCGAUAUGAUUCUUUUAUAUUCUUCUUAAUAACAUUAAAAAGGAAUAUGUUACAUUGAGACUAAAAAUUUAGACGGAGAAACAAAUUUAAAAACAAAAGAAGUCCCAAAUUAAUUAUUGGAAGAUUUUAAAGAUGAAAAUUGUGUUUGCUAAACUUAUAGUCUGUUAAAAUAUGAAAAGCCAAACCCUUUUUUAUAUAAAUUUUAAGGAAUUAUUGAACAUUAAAGGGGACAUGAAAUGAUCCAAACUCCUUUGGAAUCCCAUAAUUUUAUUUUAAGGGGGUGUACUUUGAAAUAAACUGAAUUUAUUAUUGGAGUUGUUGUCUAUACUGGACAUUAGACAAAAAUUAUGCUCAAUUCAGUUAAAUCUAGAGGGAAAAAAUCUACUAUUUAAGCACUUAUGAAUAAAGAAAUUAUUGUCGUUUUUUUAGUAUAGAUUAUGUUUUGUAUUCUUUGUGCAAUGUUGAAUUUCGAAAGUAGCUUUUUGUAUUAUUUUGGUGAAAAUUUACAAGGUCUAAAAAGGUCUUUUUGGGAAGUUUAUGGAAUUUGGAUGCUUUUGUUUACAAAUUUUAUACCUAUAUCAUUACUUGUGACUUUAGAUAUGGUAAAGUUUUUUUAAGGAAUGAAAAUAAAUAGAGAUUAUAAAAUGGUAUCAGAAGAAGGAGUUAAAGCAGUUGUGUAAUCUUCAAGUCUUAAUGAAGAAUUAGGUUAGGUUGGUGUUAUUUUUACUGAUAAAACAGGGACUUUGACUUGUAAUUAAUUAGUUUUUAAAGGAUUUGGGUUUAAAGGGAAAAAUUUCGGAUUAAAAAAUUAAAGUAAUAGUGAAAAAGGUUUUGAUGAAAAUGAAGAAUUUUUAUAACAAAAUAAAGGAGAUUUGGAAGCUUUUUUAAAAUUUUUAGUGAUUUGUUAAGAAGUGAUAGUAUAAUGGGACGAAAAAGAAAAAAAAUUAAAAUUUCAUUCAUGCUCGCAAGAUGAUUUAUCAUUAAAUGAAUUUGCAAAGAAAUAAGGCAUUUUUAUUGGAAAAAAAGAAGAAAACGAAAUGGAAAUUUUGAAAAAAGGAUUUUUAAAUGAAAAAGAAGAUUGUUAUUGUAUAAAAAUAUGUAAUGUAUUAGAAUUUACAAGUUCUAGGAAAAAAAUGUCUGUCAUUUUUCAAAAAAAAGAUGAUGAUAAUUAAUAUUUUAUAUAUACAAAAGGGGCUGAUUCUGUCAUUUUUGAUUCAGCAAGUAAUAAUUCAAGAAAAAACGGAUGGUUUGAAAAAACUAGAAAUCAAGUGGAAGAUUUUUCUAAAUAAGGGUUUAGAACUUUGGUUUUGGCUUAAAAAAUUAUAUCAAAAAAAUAAUAUUUAAAUUGGGUUUAUUAAAUCGAAGAAGCAAAGCUUUCUUUAGAUAAAAAUGUAAAAGAUAUUAAAGUUUAUUAAUUAUAUAAUGAAAUCGAAAAUGAUUUAGAAAUAAUCGGAUGUACUGCAAUAGAAGAUAAAUUAUAAUAAAAUGUCCCUUAAUCAAUUUAAAAAUUAAGAGAAGCAGGUAUAUAAAUAUGGAUGUUAACAGGAGAUAAGAAAGAAACAGCAAUAAACGUUGCUAUAUUAUCAUAAAUAAUAGAAGUUUCUUACAAAAAAAUAGUCUUAGAUUUUCAAAACGGAAUCAAUCAGGAAUCUAUAGAAAUUAGACUAUCUAAAAUAGAAGAAGAAAUCAAAGAAACAAACGAAGAUAUAAAAAUAUGUUUGAUAAUUUCUGGAAGUGCAUUAGAUUCAUUAGCUGUAUAAAAUAAAUUCUUACACCAAUUUAUGCAUUUAACUUCUUAUGCUGAUUCUAUGAUUGUUUGUAGAGUAUCGCCUAAAUAAAAAAGAUAAAUCGUGGAUAUGUAUAGGAAAAAAUAUCCAUCAAUAACCACUCUAGCUAUUGGAGAUGGGGCAAAUGAUGUAAAUAUGAUUAUUGGAGCUCAUGUUGGAGUUGGAAUUAAAGGUUUAGAAGGAUAAUAAGCUGCUAGAGUAAAAUAUUUUAUUUUUAUUUUUUUUUAUUAAAAAAAUAACUAGUCAAGUGAUUUCGUUAUUGGAGAAUUUUAAUUUUUAUCUAGAUUAGUUCUUUAUUUUGGAAGGGAAUUUUAUAGAAAAAAUAGUAGUUUGGUUUUAUAUAAUUUUUACAAAAAUAUAAUUUUGGUCUUACCUUAGUUUUGGUUUGGAUUUUAUAAUGGAUUUUCUGGGUAGUUUUUAUAUGAUAUUUGGGUUUUUUAACUGUAUAAUAUUUUAUUUACUUCUGCUCCUAUUGUACUCUUUGCUAUUUUCGAUAAAGAAUAUAAAGGAUUGUUUUUAGUUAAUAAUCCUUGGCCCUAUUACUUAAACGGGUUGAAUAAUUAUCUUUUUAAUAGCAGGAUUUUCUGGAAAACCUUCUUUUUAGCAGUUUUUUAAGCAUCUAUUAUUGGAGUUUCGAGUGUUCUUAUUAUUGAAUUUAAUUCGACAGUAGAACAUGAUAAUUAUUUGGUUUUAACUGGAAAUUUUAUGUAUUGGAAUAUUGUAUUACUUGCUAAUAUUAAAAUUAUAAUUUUAUCAACUUGUCUAAGAGGAAUUAAUAUACUUUUCUUGUUUUUAAGCUUUGGAUUAUAUGUUUUGCUGGUUGUUUUUGUUUAAUAAUAUCCUUCUUUUGAAUUAUUUUCAGUAUUUUAGAGACUUUUCUAACAAACUAAUUUUUGGGUUGGAUAAAUAUUUAUUAUUGGCACAUGUAUUGUAUUUGAUAUUGGUUUAGGUUUAUUUGAUAUUAAUAAUUACGGAUAAUAUUAAAAAUUUGAAAAUUAUUAAAAACUUGAUGAGGGAAAUAAUUAGUAAACGUUUAAUAAUAUUGAUAUUUGUUAAAAGAGCGAAAAUUAAAAGUAAACUAAAAUUCUAUAAAAGACAUAAAGAAAAAGAUAAGAGAAAAAAAAUAUUUGAAAAAAAUAAAUAAAAAAGCCAUUAAUUUUAAAUUAAUAAAAAUUCUAAAUAAUUAACAUUAACUUAAAAAAAUAUUUUUUUAUUAAUAAUAAAAUAUUUAUAUAUAUAAAUCAUAAAACAAUAUUCUAAUGUUUGUUUAAUAAAACUGUAGUUU